AUCACACGGACACUCCUCUCCUACAAAAAUGGCGAUCAACGAGUGUGUCUCCGACCACUAGCUACUACCUGCCUGUCUGUCUCUCCAUCUGGCUUAGAUCCAUCCAUCGCGCGCGCGCCAUGAAACAUUCUCUCCCCAACUUCUCCAUCAGCUAGCUAGCUGCCCAGAGAUUAUAGAUCGAUCGAGUUGGCCGGCCGGCCGGAAGGAAUCAACUGAUCGAUGGGCAAGGCGAGCACGGUGUCGUCGUGGCUGUGCUGCCCGUGCCGGUGCCUCUUCUGCGGCCUCCUCAGCUGCAUCUUCAGCGUCGUCGCCUGCAUCCUCGUCGUCGUCGGCCUCGUCGCCAUCGCCCUCUACCUCCUCUUCCGGCCGCACCUCGUCCACGCCACCGCGGACACCGCCGACCUCGCCGGCUUCACCCUCACACCGCGCACCUGGAUCCUCCGCUACAACCUCUCCGUCGCGCUCUCCCUCCGCAACCCCAACACCCGCAUCGCCAUCCACUACCACUCCGUCGCAGCCGAGGCCUACUACCAGGGCCAGCGCUUCUCGCACGUCGACCUCCCGGACGUCGACCAGGACACCGGCGAGACCACGGUGGUGCCCGUGGCGUUCGCCGGGGAAUUCCCGCUGGAGGGCGGCGUGGCCGCCGCGGGGUUCCGGAAGGAGGCCAUCGAGCAGGCGCGGUUCUCCGUCGACCUCAAGAUCACCGCCAAGAUGAAGCUCAAGGUGUGGGCGUUCAGGGUGUCCGGCCCCAAGCCCAGGAUCGACUGCCCGCUUACCAUCCAGAGAAGGAACGCCUCCUCGCCACCCGGCGCCGCGCCUCCCGAGUUCCACCCCACAGAAUGCCGCGUCUGGUUCUGAUCUCUCAACUCCUGAUCGAUGGAUCGAUCAAGAUCACUAGACUCCUAGGUCGAAAUUACUAGUUAAACUAGCCGCUUGCUGCAUCUUAAUUAGUUAUGCAUUCCCUUGGUUGAUAAUUUUUUAACUUUUGUUUUGUUUAUCAAUUAAUCUGUAGUACAGUAGUACUAAGAUGGAAAUUAAUACGAUUCACUCUAUCGAGAAGAAGAUGUUCAUAA